UCGUUGUUGCUCGCACGUUUUCGCUUUCGUUGCCGUUGGAAAGUUUUCAACCGUUUUUUCAGUACUCCGUUGAUUUCCGAACUGUACAGUCGCGUUUUCAAUUGAAGUGGGCUUCACGUGGUGCGCAGCGCAUUGAUAAAAAGUGCUUUGAAGCCAUUUAAGUAAUCCGCGAGUGCAAGCUGAAAAAAAGGGGCGAUGAUGGCCUUCUAGUGCGAUUCUGUGCGCGUUCCGGAUCGUCCGACCACCUAAACGAAAUUUCUAAACAUAACCUAAACAUAAUUCGACGUGACAUCACCCGGGUUCGGUUCGGUGUGAUCGUUACAAGAAAAAAAAAACAAGCAAUGUCCGCCUUGGUCGUUAAGGAGGAGCGUGUCUCCCGGAAGCGCAGAUCCUCGACGGAUUUGGACGCGUCGUGUAGUUCCGUGGAAAGUUUGCUCGCUUUGGAGGGGGGCCCGGGGGAAGAAGUGGCCGGAGUGAAUCAGCAGGUUUUUCGCCUGCAACGGUGCUCCACAGGGGUUGGCCUGUCUCCGAUGUCGGAGAUAGCGCUGAACCUGAAGGACACCUCGUUGGACACUCCCAAGACCGGACGGGUUAGUAGCGGCGUCGGCGCUGGAGGACGCGAACGGUCCCUGGGCAAAGCGAUUUCGUCCGAUUUCAAAAGUAUGCUCGAGGCAGGCGAGAAUAGCGGCGGCGGCAGCGGUGGUCAGCCCGAGCUACAGGAGCCACUACCGAAUGGCGACGACGACGACAACGGAGCCAACAACGACGAAGUCGGCGACGAAACUGACCAAAGACAUGGCGCCAGUCCCUUAUCGGUCCGAGGGAUGCACCUAAUCUCUUGUUUAAAGGUCCUGCGAUCGAUUCCCGCCGUGGAAAACAAUCAUUAA